GCCGGAGCUCCACGUGUGGUUUGUUUACGUUCUGUAAAAACUUUAAUGUGAUAAAAACUUACAAAAAUGAAGAGUAAACCUGUGAAACAUAAAACUACAAACACAUUCCGGUUUGUACCAUUUGCAGAACGUAUCAAUUCAAUUGACAUCCGUCAUGCAGCUCUGUACCACAUCGAGCAUGCAUACACACAGCAUCCUGAUGAAAACGACACACAUUUUCACCUGGCGAUACAGAAAUGGUACGCUCUCAACUUGACAGAAAACUUUAAGAAGUUCCGUAAAGAUGUGUUUGGAAUCAUCACAGUUCCUCAGCUGGUUCACAAAAAAGAAGAAGUAUUUGACAUUUUAGAGAGAUACCUCAAUUUGGAGGAUCAGUUGUGUCUACAGCCUUUAUUGGAAAUCUUGGUAUCUCUAGCAAAGGAUUUACGCAACGACUUCUACCCACAGUUUCCUAGAUUUCUAGAUAUACUCAUAAAACUAUUAAACACAAAAGAUGCAGACAGGCUGGAAUGGACUUUGGUUUGCCUGGCGUUUCUUUUUAAAAUAUUAAAACCGAAUUUAAAGAAAGACAUAGCAGUUGUCCUGAAAAGAAUAAUUCCGUUACUUAGUGAAGAACAUCCUCAGUAUAUUAACAAUUUUGCAGCUGAAAGUUUUGCUUUUGUUGCCCGAGAUAUACGAGAUAAAAAGAAGUUUCUUGAGCUUUUAUUAAAUUAUUUGAAGAUAAAUGAUGAUGCUAUCACUGGAUGUGGUCAUCUUUUAUUUGAAAUGAUAAAGGGAGUUGGUAACAAGUUCCAUAGUUGCAUAGACACCUUCUUACCACUACUACUGCAGACACUCAAAGAUGAUAAACAGUAUCAAGAUGUGCUAUUCAAAGUCCUCACACAAACCAUUGAAGACAGUCUACAAACUAUUUCUCACAAGGAGUACACAAUAUUCUGGUCUAGUGCUCUCAGGUUUAUUGAAGAAAUAUUGAAUGAGAAUGAUGAAGAAAGUAAAGGGCUAGAAUAUAUUCUGAGGCUUGCAGGUCAAGUUGUUGAACACCAGAAUGGAAAAUACUUAACCAACCCUCCACAGUUUGUGCUCUUGCUGGUAAAAGUUAUAUGUGAACAGUUCUCUGAGAAUGUACUCGAAGUGUGCGCCCAAAUUGGUGCUCUACUGCUUUUAUCUCCAAAUGUAUCACUGUCCCAGGAACAUGCAGGGAUCAUUGUCAAAGUCCUACUCCCAUUGCCUUACCCAAAUAUUUUGAUUAACUUUGUUAGAAAUGUCAUUGACUAUGCACAGUUUGACAUGCACAUUUUGCCCCCAUUCCUUAAUUUCGUUCUUCAGUCCGGAUUCGACAAUGAAGCAAUGUGUACAUUGACCAAGAUUUGUUUGAGAAAGUCUCCUUUAUCCAUGAAUGGUAUAAAACUUUUCGAAUGGGUGAAAUACCCAGUUGAUUUUGGGGCUGGUCUUCCUGACUUCAUGGAGCAUUGUAAUACUGUCUUGAAUGACGAUAUGGAGAAUAUUGUGGAAAACCCUUCGAAGUUAAUGAAUGUUCUUUUCUGCUUGCCACACAUAGAAAAUAUAGAUGUGGAUUACUGUGUGACGACACUUAGCAAGCUCAUAGCAAAGUUGCUGCAAGUUCUGAACACUUAUAACAUUGCAGUGCAGUCUGAGAACAACCAAUUUCACUGCGAUAAUACGGCCCUUUCCAGGUGUGCUAGACAAGUGUUAUUUAUACUAGCAAACGCUUUGGAAAGUGCCAUUCACAUUUCCAGUUGCAAGAAGUUGAAAACCAUCUGUGAUAUUGAAAUGCUCCUGUGUGUGAUACUGCCAUAUGCUGCAGAUCCUAAUUACUUGGCGGCGUUACAUCUUCUGGACUUAUAUUUGACGGCAUAUGAACAGGAAAACGGAUUGAUUUAUGCACACCUCUCUUUGAUUGAUUCAUAUCUGAGGAAUAACGUGUCGUCGCCUUUUCAUACUGUUCGUCUGCUGACGACUCAUGUUUACAAGCUAUUCGAAAAUGUCCCAGAGCUAGAAAAAACUGCGCAAGUCGGCGGGAGUGUAGUACGAUUUUCCGUAUUCAGUAGAUGCUUUGCCGUAGAAUCCAUCCAACCAUCCAUCCAAGAGUACAGGGCUCAGAUAAACAUGCUGCAAAAAAUGACCUUAAAUACCACCCAGUACACUCUUGCUAAAGAAACAGAUUUUCAUUUGUUUGCAUUGAACUAUAUGCUCGGGUUUCUGUAUGUAAACUUCAAAUUGCUCUGGGAACCAGUCUCAGAAUUUAUCGCUGGAUAUGGUAACGCGCUCACCGCGGAAGAAUUCUGGCCACCAUUCUACAAAGCAUUGACGACAUCGUUCGAAAACGCCAAGAAGGAUCUAAAGAAGUUUCAGUUCGAUAGUGAAAUAGACACGAAUUACAGCUUCCUGAGGCAGUUGUAUACAGAAUACAACAGUAUAUUUGAGAGACCAGAUGUAUACAACUACAGGAACUUGAUCCUGAAGGUUAUGACCAACUGCAUCCAAGUUUGUGAAGCUAAGAAUCGGGAUGUAGUGGUAUUAUUUUUGAACUUUAUUGAGGGUGAAUACAGAAGGAAUGAUGGUGGAAAUGCGCUGAAAAUUGAUGUUGAAGUUCGUAAUAAUACUGCAAUGGAAAUCGAUGAGUCGGCCAUUGAAAAUGCUGCAAAUGCAGAAGAUAUUCCAGAAGUUAUUGAGGAACCGAAAGAAACAGCGUCAGGCAAAAUAAUUUUUAAAACACUCAUAAACAUAAUGCAAGUUCUGGCGCAAUUCAAAAAUCCUAGAGCACUCCACAAAGAACCAGUAUUCUGGGAACUUUACAUGGAGUUUCUGAAACAUAAAAAUGCAGGACUUCAGAAGUUUGCUUUAGAUUGCGUUUUGAACUACAAAAAUAAAAGUGUCACACCAUACAAAAGCAAUCUGUACAACUUGGUUGAUGAGAACAAAUUCAAAGAUGAACUGACUUUGUUUAAGAUCACAGAAGAUUCCCAGAAUAUUCAGCCUGAUGACAGACAGCAUGUUGUUCCAAUAAUAUUGAGGAUACUUUAUGGAAAAAUGACUUCGAAAUUAGGCGCGGAUAAGAAAGGCGGUGGCCAAGCGAGGAGAUCCCUUGUGAUGAGAUAUCUUGCUGGUUGUAAUGAAAACGAGUUGAAAAUGUUUAUUGAAAUGGCAUUCUCCCAUUUACAACAAUAUUUGACCUUAGAGCCCAGGCAAAUACUCGAAAAUACAAUGGCUACUUUGGAUUUGAAAUCAAUCACCAGCCCUGGAAAGCUUCACAGUAUAUUGAAUCUUUUUGAGGUGGUCAGGGAAUACUUUGGUGGUUACUUGAAAGAUGACUUGCAGAACCAAUUCUUUAAAAUAUUCUAUUCGGUAUGCUCUUUAGUUGGUGCUGUUCUAUCCCAAGGAGAUAGAGUCCAUGUUGGAUAUGUCAAAAUUAUGAAGAACCUCAGGACACUUUGUUUGGGAACACUAAGAAAGCUAUUUGACCAGUUCCAUGAAUAUCCUUGGAGCAAGGAUGAGUUGUACGUCAUUUACGAGACGCUUAUUUGGCCAUUGAUUCCAAAAUUACAUAUUGAAGGAAUCCAUACGCCUACAGCAUUGUUAAAACUGCUGAACACUUGGUGCCAGAAUCCAAGGUAUUAUGUUCUGUUGGUGACAGUUUCUGAAAAGGAUAAUACUUUGUGCCCAUUGCCUGCACUGUUUCAAUUGCUGUUAGCACCCAAAACAACUCCUGGUGUUGUUAACACUAUUUUGGACAUGAUAGAGAAACUGCUAACAUUAGCAGAAGAUAAUGAGGAGAAAGAAGUUCCUCCAAUAGAAUCAUUCAACGUCUUACCUACUACUGACAGCAACAGCAUAGAGAAUGUAAAGGAAAUUAAUUUUGGGAGUAUUAUAUUGAUACCGCACAUUCCAAGUAUUUUGGAAGUCAUGAAGCGACGUAUAGCAAAUUCGGCGAAAUCAAACACCGUAAAUAGAAGAGACUUGCUCAUUCUCUCAAGAGUGACAGAAUUGGUCACGACACCCGAGUUAUGUGACGAUCUGCUGAAUUUGUUAUUGCCAAUUCUAGUCAAAAAGGUGUGCAUGAAUAUGGCUGAAGAAAACAUGGAGCAUGCUGUGACGACUAUAAUAAACUUACUGGGCCACAGUACGAAUCCCCAAAUAUACAUAAAGAACAUAGCGGUGCUAUUCAAUAAAGUCGCACCAGUCGAUGUCAGGAAACUUCUAAUCAAAUUGCUUUCGUCGAUCGCUGAGAAUGCUGAUAAAAACAAAGAUGUCUUAACCAGAAUGGCUAGUAUCAUUACUGAAAUGAACGCAUACAAUAAGAUGUGGAUAGAGCAGCCUGAUUUUGACAGAAGAAUAGACGCUUACAAGAAAAUAUAUCAGCUCUCAGAAAAUAACGAGAUCGAUUUAGAUCUCGCGAUUCUGAUCGUAAACAACUGCUUUUACUCUAUCCGUACUGAGAAGGACAUUGGUCUUAGGGAUGGAGCUGGUCUGUGUUUGAAGAGAAUUCUUCCGAAACUCCUUUCCAAAUAUUGGUCUAUGACUGAUGGGCAAUUCCUUGUGAGAGACACAGUACUGUCUCUGAUUUCCUCUGGGAUUAGAGACACGAAAAACGAAAUUCUCAGAAAUGAAAGCAUCGCGUUGCUUGGUGAACUAGCCAGAGAAUCACCCGACGCAGACGUGGUAUUAUCUGACCUCGCCCAUCUGACCAACAAGGAAGAUGUAGAAGUUGAUUUCUUCGAGAACAUGUGUCAUUUACAAAUGCAUAGACGAGUUCGAGCUCUGAUGAAGUUCUGCAAAGUAGUGAAAAAGGUGUCGAAAUGUCCUACUCCUAGGACGCUAACCAAUUUCAUUCUACCUUUAGCAACAACGUACAUUUGUGACGACAAGUACACAGACAAAAAUACGUUGAUAGAUGCUUGCAUCGAAGUCAUUUCGACUUCCUGCAGGUUACUUCCAUGGUACCAUUACGAAGUAAUAUUAAAGACGUAUUUGAACAAAAUGCGCCAUUCCACAGAACAUCAAAAGCAGUUGACUCGUAUACUAGUAGGCAUCCUGGAUGCUUUCCACUUUGAUUUCUCUAAAGUAAAGAACAUCGAUUUGCCAAAAGCCUUGAUUACUAAUACUGAAACUGGGACUAUAAGAUUAGGCAGAAAGAAAGCUAAAACCGAACAAAAUGCUGAAACGAAUGAAAAUGCUGAAGUGGUUGAGAAGAAAACUGAAACAGAUGAUGCUGAAAUGAAAGAAAAUGAAACGCCAGAAGAAGACAAAGUAGAAAUCGAUGUAGAAUCUGAAUUGAAAGCGGCAGAUGAUGAAGCAGAAAAAGAUGAUUCGUCUAAAGAAGUUUCGGACGUGCCAGCUUUUGAAAGGAUCACAAGUGUUUCACCUUCCGUCGCUAAGAGGAUUAUCAAGUCACUAUCAGCUGGUCUACUCCCUCAAUUAAAUAGGGCAAUAGGCAAGAUGACAGAUCACGAAGAGUCCCACAAGGUGAACAGACGCCGCACGGGCAUCGAACGGCAAGAGGAAGAAAUGAUGCGAGUGCCGAUUGCGCUUGCUUUGGUUAAACUGCUGCAGCGACUGCCUGGAGAGCCUUUGAGGCACCAGCUGCCUGGCAUCAUCAUAAAACUGUGUUCCUUCUUAAAAUCUCCAUUGAAACAAGUGCGCAUCGCAGCCAGAGAUAUCGUCAAGAAAAUCAUGAUAACUGUCGGAUCUUCUUACUUAGGCAUCUUACUCGAACACUUGACUUUACUACUCACGAAAGGCUUCCAAUGUCACGUCUUAGUUUCUACUAUACACACUGUGCUAGAUGCCUUGAAAUCCGACUUCAAAGCAGGAGAACUAAACGAGAAUUUGGACUACAUAUUAGAUGUAUGCACAAAUGAUUUAUUUGGUGAUUUAUCAGAGGAAAAAGAAGUGGACAAGCUACAUUAUAAAACGCCCGAAGCAAAACCAAGCAAGAAAAGCUACGUAACUCUUAUGAUUGUAUCCCAAAAUAUAACAGAGGGUUGCUUGAUCAAUCUUCUUUUGCCUUUCAAAGAGGUUCUACAAAAACACCACUCCAAAAAGAUGGUUUUAAAGGUGCAAGAAGCUCUGAUGCACAUAUCAAGUGGUUUAGUCACUAACAAAUUCAUUGACAUCGAGUCUCUAUUCAUAUUCCUUCACGGUAUCGCCUCGGAGAGCAUUCCAGAAUUCGUAUUAGGUGCACCUAAGAGAGAAAUAACUGAGGCCCAGAAGGAAAAAAUGCUUAGAGCGAAACCAGACUGCUUCAUCAUCCCAGAAACGCCUAAACGAAGUAAAGAGUCGCAAGUGAGGAACGUAAAAACUUCUGGCAAAGCCAACUCUCACGUUUUAGUCGAAUUCAGCAUGAAUAUCCUUUACGUCAUACUCAAAAGAGAGAAAGUCCCAAGAAUGGACUGCAAAGCGUUCGUAGAUCCAUUGAUACCUCUGCUUGUUGACGCGUUGAAAAGCGACCAUGUCAAAGUAACGACUGUAGCUAUGAAAUGCAUUUUGACUCUCUGGACUAUUAGAAUUAGUACGCCGACGUUGGAAGAAAUGGUACAGGAUGUUGUAAAAACGAUAUUUUCGAUUUUGCACAAGUAUGCCACAUUUGAGAUUAGCAAGCAGAACGAUAAUUAUCAUCUAGUCAGGAAUGCAUUUAAGGCAGUCACAGUCCUAAUCAGAAACGUAAAGUACUACAAAUUAGAGGCUGAACAGCUUAAAACGCUUCUCCUAUAUGCAGAAGAAGAUUGCAUGAACGACGAGCGUCAAGCCAACUCAUUCACUCUGCUGAAAGCUAUUCUAGAAGCGAAACUCGUCUCUACAGAGUUGCAUGAGGUUAUGGAAAAGAUAUCUAAGAUCUGUAUAUUGAGUGAAUCAGCAAAAUCGAGGGAAGAAGCCCGCACAAUAUUCGUGACGUACCUAACGAACUACUCGCCCGGCAAGAAGAUGGACAAGUUUAUUCAGUUCUUCGUGUCCCAGCUUAAUUUCGAGUUGCAGCACGGGCGGGAAUCAUCUCUGAAGUUCCUGGACAUGAUCAUCAAUAAGUUCCCAUUGCAACAACUCUCCAAACAUGGCGACUACCUCCUACUAGCGCUCGGCGCGUCAAUGCUUAACGAUUCUGCGCCUGAAUGCCGCGCCGCCGCCGCCGCCUGUUUAGAAGCUAUGCUCAAGAGACUGCCCACUUUGGACAGGAACAAGCUGUUUGAUCUGGUGCUGACGUUCUUCCAAGAUACCCAGAUACCCAGGUAUGUUUAUUUGUUGCUACUGACUAGUUCAUCAAUGCUCAACCAUUCUGCGCCUGAAUGCCGCGCCGCCGCCGCCGCCUGUUUAGAAGCUAUGCUCAAGAGACUGCCCACUUUGGACAGGAACAAGCUGUUUGAUCUGGUGCUGACGUUCUUCCAAGAUACCCAGAUACCCAGGUAUGUUAAUUUGUUGCUACUGACUGGUUCAUCAAUGUUCAACGACUCGGCGCCCGAGUGCCGCGCCGCCGCCGCCGCCUGUUUAGAAGCUAUGCUCAAGAGACUGCCCACUUUGGACAGGAACAAACUGUUUGAUCUGGUGCUGACGUUCUUCCAAGAUACCCAGAUACCCAGGUAUGUUUAUUUGUUGCUACUGACUAGUUCAUCAAUGCUCAACGAUUCUGCGCCUGAAUGCCGCGCCGCCGCCGCAGCCUGUUUAGAAGCUAUGCUCAAGAGACUGCCCACAUUGGACAGGAACAAACUGUUUGACCUGGUGCUGACGUUCUUCCAAGAUACCCAGAUACCCAGGUAUGUUUAUUUGUUGCUACUGACUAGUUCAUCAAUGCUCAACGAUUCUGCGCCUGAAUGCCGCGCCGCCGCCGCCGCCUGUUUAGAAGCUAUGCUCAAGAGACUGCCCACUUUGGACAGGAACAAGCUGUUUGAUCUGGUGCUGACGUUCUUCCAAGAUACCCAGCCAAUCCACUUCGAGCUCGCCGCGCAACUAAGCACUCGCUUCGUAAACGUCGAAGGCGAUGACUUCAAAAGCCGCCUCAGCACCGUCCUCUCUCUAGUCAGCAGCAAAAUCCUUCUACUCAGCAACGACAUAACCGAAGGCCGCUUCGUGAAGCUACGGUUAGAGCAAUCUGACGACAAAACGGACGAAGAAAAACAGAAAGAGAAAGACCACAGCUUGAUUCAGAUCUUAAACUUGAUUGACAGGAUAACAACAAACUGUUCUAAUAGCAUCAAAGAUAAGAAGUUUAUAAGCGACUUUGAUGACUUAGCUCAACAGUGUCAAGCGUUAUUGGGGUAUCCACACGCGUGGGUAAGAUUACGCGCGGCAAAGAUUCUGGGCACCAUUCUCUGUGUUGUGAAUAUUGAGGAGUUGGAUCUGGUGGUGCAGAAGAAAGCUGAGAGUGAGAGAGGGUUCAUCUAUUACGAUACGGAGGUGUCUUUGAGGAGUUUGGUGCUGGAUCUGUGUGCGCAGUUCACGCCGUCCGUUACUAAGGAAAUGGCUGAGGAGGUGACAUCAGUACUCUUCCAAAUAUUGAAGCUAGUCCACAACAUGUCCAGUUUCAAGUUAACCCCCAAAUGCAUAGCGGAGGAGAGUAAGGAGGAAGCGGAGACCACGGCCAAAGUGAAUCUCCGCUGGAUACUGUUCAAGCUUAGGAAAGCCGUUAACGUUGAAGUGGCUAGGGCGCCUAAUUCUACUAAUAUUAGAAUAUCAAUAUUCACAAUGUGGACCCACCUCAUAAGUUCGCUAGAAACGGACGAGCUAAACAAAAUCAUUGACGUCAUCCUACCGCCGAUAGUGCGCGAACUGUCCGUCGGUGACGUGGGGGCGCCGGCGUCGCCUGUCAAGCAACUCGCCGGGAGACUGGGGAAGAAGUUGAGAAGAAAGAUCGGGGACAUUGAGUAUGGGAAACUAGUGGCUGAGGUGCAGACGAGACUGAAUAUUAGGAGGGCUGAGAGGAAAAAGGUUCUAUUACAAGAAAAAGUGCACAAUCCAGAAAAGGCGGCAAAGAGGAAACUGCAGCUAAAGGAAAAGAAAAAGCAGUCAAAGAAAAUGAAACUCGAAAUGAUGCAUGGAAAGAGGCCCAAAGCCAAGAAACGAAAGGCGGAGGAUAUUGAUGUAGAAGACCAAUUACUACAAGACGACGACUGAAGCUAAAUCAAUUGUAUUAAAGCCAGGAUAAUGAGAGAGAAAGAAUGGCCAAUGUCCAAAAUAGGCCACGAACCUAUUAAUAAAAAGUUUUUAAAACUGAUCUGAAGUUAAGAUACUUGAAAAAUUGGCGUAAAAGGGAUGGAGGUCAGUAUAAUGUGUUCUGUACCCUUUAUUCGUCUUUCACGUAAAAUGUUUUGGACAUUAGGACAAUGAAAUAAAGUCCAAAAUAUGAUGGCAAAUUGCCACCGCCUUAUUCGGAAAUAAGGCAUGUGAUUGUUAUUUUUCUUCAUUGCUACAUUACUUAGGUAGUCGUAUUUAAAACAUGUCGUUCAAUAUUCUAUAUUGUAUUUAUUUUGCUUGUCUUAAGUUUUAUUUCGACCUGCGGAGAGCAAAGUUAAUUUUUAAGAAAACUCAAGUUAUCGUGUAAAUAAUAGUUACAUUAGUUAAGAUUGUUACAUUGCGUAAUAAACAUAUUUUAUUUUCAAAAUUAUAGAAUUCAGUUUUAUUUCUAAAGCAAUACAGUUUGUUUUAAUAA